GAGAGAGAGAGAGAGAGAGAGAGAGAGAGAGAGAGCAUGUGUGACUGUUUACAGCUAAGCCUGUCUGUUUAUGUCAACCUGACUGGCAGUUUUUCCUCGACGCGUACGGAUUCCCCAUCCUCAUCGUAUUCUGCUCUUACAUUCUUCUCAAGCUUUUACGCGAGACCCUCUUCAGUUAAUAUCGCACAAAGCGUUAGAGCUUGCAUCGUUUAUCAACCAGUUACCUAAGCGAAAUCCAAUCUGACAAAACAUUACUAUAUUUGAGGUGGACUGUGGUAUACGCCUGUAUAGGUGAGCGAGAGACCAAGCAAAGGGAAGUAUAUUCAAAACACUGAAUUCCAAAUGGAUGGGAUGAAACCAGAAGCGACGACCGAUGAGAAUCAGGAUGAACGGGAAGAGAGCAAAGGCUGCUUUGAGUGUUGCAUCAAGUGUUUGGGUGGUGUCCCCUAUGCCUCUCUGGUGGCCACCAUCUUGUGCUUUUCUGGUGUGGCUCUGUUCUGUGGCUGUGGGCAUGUGGCACUUACGGGCACUGUAACCAUGGUGGAGAACCAUUUUUCUCGUAUCACCUCUGACCAUGCCACCCUCACUGAUGUGGUUCAGAUUUUGCAGUACAUUAUCUAUGGAAUCGCCUGUUUCUUCUUCCUCUAUGGCAUCAUCCUGUUGGCUGAGGGCUUCUACACCACCAGUGCUGUCAAAGAGAUGCACAGCGAGUUCAAGACGACUGUGUGUGGCCGUUGCAUCAGUGCCAUGUUUGUGUUCCUCACCUACAUCCUGGGCUUGGGAUGGCUAUUCAUCUUCGGCUUCUCAGCGGUGCCUGUUUUCCUUUUUUAUAACGUGUGGACCACAUGUGGUGCCAUGAAGUCCCCCAUCGCCAACCUCACCUCUGUGGACAACAUCUGCGUUGAUGUGCGGCAGUAUGGAAUCAUCCCUUGGAAUGCAACCCCUGGUAAAGCUUGUGGGUCCACACUAAGCGACAUCUGCAAUACUAGUGAGUUCUACCUGUCCUACCAUCUGUAUAUUGUUGCUUGUGCUGGAGCUGGUGCCACUGUGAUUUCACUGCUCAUCUAUAUGAUGGCCACAACAUAUAACUUUGCUGUGUUGAAGUUUAAGAGCUACGACCACAGUCACACCACUAAGUUUUGAGCCUUUUGAAUAUAGGAAGGCAACUGCACACUCUGUGAAAGUUGCUCUCAGAGACACAAAAAGAGAGAGAGAGAGAUACAGAGAGAGAGAGAGAGAGAGAGAGAGAGAGAGAGAGAGAGAGAGAGAGAGAGAAAUUGAGUGAGAAAGAGUGUGGGAAGAGAAGAGAGAGAAAAAAUAGCUAAUGUUACGGCUAAUAGUAUGGGCCCUCAUGUGUAGUUUAAUGUAAAAAUAAUUCUUGCCAUUGUGUUCCAUCCAUAGUUAUGGACAUGGGUUGAUCUUUUGACAAAAAAAGGACAAUACAUUUCACUGACUUAAUGUUUUCCAUUAAUAUAUACCUGUGUCCAUCUAGGUACAAAUUUUGAUCAAGCAUAGCAUAUAGUACAAACCCAGAAUCAAAUACAUUUAUAACUGCUCGCUUAUUUAGCAUUAAUUAGAAAAUUACAUUUGGGUACUAGGAAUUUAACUCUCCUGUCAUUCCAACAAAACCUUAAAACUAGAAAAAAAACUGGAUUUAUUUUUCUUUUUUCAAUUAUUAUAUUUAACCUUAGGCACCAGUAGUCCAGAAGUCAGUCAGAUAGAAAUGGCAAGUAUGUAAAAUAGAUGAGAAGGGUAUAAUUAUGCAUUACUCUGUGUCUUGAAAGAUAAUAGGAAUGUAGUGUUAAUGCUCACAGACUUUUGCAUUCACUCUGUACGUAUAUAUGUAUGUGUAAAGGGUGUGACUAUACUUUUUUACUUACACACUCUCAUGACCGAAUGUCACCGGUGGGACAUUUUGCCUGCACUACUGAAAUGUCACUCAGAUGAUGUAUAUUCAACUCAUCACCCAAAUGCCAUUGGCUCUUGCGUGUCAUGUGACCGAUCUUAUCAUGUGACUGAUUGUGAGAAUCUAAUAGAUGUUUUUGACUUAAUGGAGCGCUGCGUAGACCGAUUGGCACCGGACUUGAAGCAGUGCAUGUGGGUUAGAAAUUUUGUCUGACUUAAGGUGGUGCCACCGUGCAUCACGGAGACGUAAUCCAUUAAAGUACUGCGAGAGCAAUUCGAGACCAGCCGUCUGCACAAGCUCUGAAUGACAAAACAGCUUAUUCACGAUUGGCCAGACUCACAACGUUACAAUGGUGACGUGUGUUUCAUGGGCUGUGUUUGCAGUGGCAUACUUCACAUAAUACUCUUACUACUUCUGCUAUAUCAUUCUAUGGCAGAAAUAGUAAGUAUGGUAGUAUGCCAUUACCAGGGUGUUUAUUCUGACACCUCCAGUUCCAUUAAACUAUCACAAAGCUGUGUUCUUACAACAGAAAUAUACCAUGUUAUAUUAUGUUUAUCAUAGUAAUAUCAUGUUUAUUCAGGAAAACAAUUCAAAAUACUGACUCCUUUAUUGUUAUUAAAAUAAAUAGGCUUUCAUUGGACUUUCAUCUUGUACACACAGUAGGCACCGUAAGCAGCACAUAACCUUUUAAAAUGAAAAAUGUUUCUGUUUAUUUUAUAUCAAAUUCAGGCAUCUGUCUAUCUGAAUUCCACUUCGUCUGUAAUAAAUAAAGCAAACAUUGUGUGAUCUGCUGUGACUAGUUUAGGUUCAGUACACAAUGGGAAGCACAAAGUGCAGAAACAGUAUUUUUUCGUUCCGGUUCUGGCGUUCCGCAGCCUCCUUUCCAAAUGAUUGCUGGUUAGAACAAAAUAAAAGAACAUGUAAUUCCAUAAAUUUACUGUGAUAAAUACUUUGGUCUUUGGUUUAACAGAAAAAAUAUCAGAACAAAAUGAACUGGUUAUUAACCGGUUACUAGCAUUUAAAAAUAAUGUUUUCACUGCAGAACAAUUGAAAGGGAUUUCGUUCCCUUUAUCGCUAAAUAUUUUGUUAGUUUUCUGUUUUCGUUUUUUGUUCCUUGAACAGUUUUUAGUCCCUGAUUGUAAAUGUACUUAUCAGCUUGUUAUGUCUUUUAUAAUGUUGUUUGGUUAUAUUCUUGUUAUUUUGUGGUUAGGUUUAUGGAUGGGGUUGGGGAUCUAAAAUAUUAAUAUGAUCUUAUAUUGUAAGUAAACUUAUAUUAAACCUGCACAAUAAAUCAUAAGAUUGCCGAGGCUGUGAUGGAAUCGUCUGAACUGAAGUGAGAAUGGCAUUACAAUGACAUUUUGAUGAUACAGACAAAAAGUUGGUUUGGUGACAUUUUGGUCAUGAGACUCCUCUGUUUUUAAUUACUUAUGAGAUUGUUUUGCAUUUGUAGAACUGAUUCUAAAAAAUACUUUGUCUUUCAGUGUCUUUAUUUUUAGAUUCAUCUGACUACUUCAAAUGUUUUAAUAUUCUUUGUUUAUUGAUGAAUUUAAACAUCAUAUAGUUUUUUGCCUUUUGUAUUAUUCUCAAACCAGUGUAGUCUCUGUUUGCGGCAGUAAUGAGAAAUAAACUAUUAUUGUGCAGAAA